AUGAAUUCUGGAGAUUACAACUCCAUAAAUCUUGAUGAAGUUGAAUUCGUCAUCGACGAAACACAAAGUGAUCCAUUCCAGGAUCAUAGUUCAUAUGUAGAGUUUGAAGACAUUUCAACCGAUUUCGGUAAUCCGGAAGGAGGUUUUGCUAGUAGAGAGGACAUGGAUGCUCAUGUAAGAUAUGUUGCUGGCUUGAGGAACGUUACUUUGGCAAUUCGUGAUUCGAAGGGAAAAGACGGCCGACGGCCCAAAGUUCGAUAUUUAUGUAGCCAAGGUGGCGGAUACAGACCAAAAAAGGUUACUGGAACUAGGUCCACUAAAACGACAAAAAAUAAUUGUCCAUUUUGGUUGGACGGAAUGGAGUACCCUGGAGGGCGCUGGUACUUUGAAGUCCGGGAGGGGAGACACAACCAUCCAUUCCCGUCUCAUGCUGUGGGAUCUCGUUUAGGGCUGAUCCGGAGAACAAAUCGUGUACAAGUUUACAAUGCUGUCAGUAAGGUGCGUGCCCAGAAAAGAGAAGGUCGGACCCCGAUGAAUAAUUUCAUCCAUUUACUCAGGCAAUUGAACUACAUGUACGACGUUCGGACUGCUGAUGAAUCUUCCGAACUUGGAGAUAUUGUUUUCUGCCACCCGGCUUCUUUUGUGAUGGUGAAUGCAUAUCCGGAAGUCAUGAUGAUUGAUUGUACGUACAACACCAAUGAGUAUGACAUGCCUCUACUAGAAGUGGUCGGUGCAACAAGUACGGACAAAACGUUCACUAUCGCCUACGCAUUCAUGCGAAAUGAGAGACAAGAAAACUACAGGUUUGUGUUACAGUUUAUCCGUACUUUGUUCGUUAGCCAAGUGACACCUAAUGUCAUUGUAACAGACCGAGAUUACGCCUUGAUGCAUGCUGUCGAGUAUGUUUUCCCGGAAUCCAGGCAUCAUUUGUGUCGCCGUCACAUUGAGCAAUGCGUGCUACAACGAGCACUGCAGCAACCUGGUUUUUUAAAAGAGGCGGCAGAAGGAUUUAAAUUUCGUUGGAAUUGGGCGAUAAGUGCACCGACCAUAGAUGACUUUAAUGAUAGAUGGGGACGUCUGGCAGCACAUUACUCGAGUUGGGGAGCAUUGCUGAACUACUGCAUUGACACAUGGAUUAGUCCGCAUUCCCAAAAAAUCCUGUCAGCUUACAUCGACCAUUAUUUUCACUUCGGAAGCUACACAACAAAUAGGGUCGAAGGAGAACAUCAUCGCGUCAAACGACAUUUAGAUGGUGGUCGGUACCCAUUCGAUACCGUACUGGAGAAACUUCACAAGAUCAAUCACGUUUAA